GUGGUUUUAAUUGUUGCCCUCAGAGGCUUCAAAGAGAGUGCAGGAAGCCGGGAAGCGAUUCUCUUUGAGAGAGAAUAUUGCACGAGGUUGAAGUCAUCUUCUUAUUCUAAUUGUCCCGGUCCACCUUAAAUGGUGCAGCAGUUGUAUUCUGGCGCCUGAGGGCACCGAAUCUAACCGUUUAAUCAUCACAGUUAUCGGAAUGCACCUGCCGCACCAUUUAAGGUGGAACGGAACAAUACGAGCCACAAGCUGACGAGUGAAGCCGACUUCAGCCUCGUUAAGACGGCAUUGUUCUCUCUCCAGGCACUUUUCUAUUUCUGAGCGAACUUUGUGUGAGAAUGUGAAAGUGUGAGACCCACAGCGCCUUGGCUUCCUUGGAGACUUUGCAUUGAUAGCAUCUUUACUUCCGUGUCUUUUUAUGAAGGCUAUUCUUAUAAGAGGGACUGUAUUUCGAUGUGAGCGAGUUUUCCUCAGACGCGGGCAGAGUGCAAAGUUUUCUAUUGGCGCGACAUUGAGAUCACUGGGUUAAUGCUUUACUAAAACUGAAGGACUCUAAUCUUCCAACUCUCUGGUGUGUGACCAGAAGCAGAGAUGGCGGGUCGACACGGAGACCUGACGGAGUAUAAGAAGAGUCUUGUUAAGCGAGACUUGGAGAUGGGCGUUGUAAUGACAGUAUACAGGCAGAAGAUGGAGAGACUCACUGUACAGGUCAUUAUGGAGACCAGACAGGUGGCCUGGACACGCACUGCCGACAAGAUUGACGGAGUGUUGGACCUUUUUGAGGUCCGGGAGGUCCGCCCAGGAAAAAACUCCAAAGACUUUGAGAGAUUUAAGGAGAGCAAGGACAAGCAUCCAGACAACACAUGCUUCACAAUAUUCUACGGCAACCAGUUUGUUCUUAACACACUGAGCCUGGGAGCUGACUCAGUAGAAGAUGCAGAGAAAUGGCUAACAGGGCUGGAGCUACUCAGACAAGAGACAAUGCAUGCUCAUACUCCAGAGGUUAUAGAGAGUUGGCUGAGAAAGCAGAUGUACUCUGUUGAUCAGACAAAGAAGAACAGCAUCACUUUGAAGGAGAUCAAGUCUUUGUUGCCUCAGAUCAACUUUAAAGUGCCUGGAGGGAGAUUUCUGAAGGAAAAACUUGUGGCUGUCGGAGGGAAGAAAGAUGUUCUUGACUUUGAGCAGUUUCACAAAUUCUAUAAUGAUUUGAUAUUUGAAAACCAGAAGACGAUACUGGAUGAGUUGAAAAAGGAGUCCUGUGCCUUCAUCAUGGGUAACACAGAUAAGCCAGAUUCCUCAGCGGUUCUCCUACAUGACUUCCAAAGAUUCCUUCUCUAUCAGCAGAAAGAGGUUUGGGCCAACAACAUGAAUCAGGUGCGAGAGCUGAUGACCACCUUCAUCGACGACAACAUGAGGAAGACCAAUGACCCAGAGUUCACAGUUGGCGAGUUCCUCAAUUUUCUCUUCUCCAAAGAGAACUCCAUUUGGGAUGAGAAGUACUCAGGGGUGUCCAGCCUGGACAUGAACAACCCUCUGUCUCACUACUGGAUCAACUCUUCUCACAACACCUAUCUGACUGGUGACCAGCUGCGCAGUGAGUCGUCCACAGAGGCCUAUGUUCGCUGCUUGAGACUUGGCUGCCGUUGUAUUGAGUUGGACUGCUGGGGUGGCCCGUCAGAUGAGCCCAUUAUAUACCAUGGCUGGACAAGGACAACCAAGAUCAAGUUUAAAGACGUGGUGAAGGCCAUCAAUGACCAUGCCUUUGUAGCAUCUGAGUACCCUCUAGUGUUGUCUAUAGAGGAGCACUGCGAUGUGAAGCAGCAGAAGCUGAUGGCCCAGGUGUUCAGAGACGUGUUCCAGGACAAGCUCCUCACUGACCCUGUGGAGCUGGAAGCUGAGCAGCUGCCCUCUCCCAAUCAACUCAAGGGCAAGAUCAUUAUCAAGCACAAAAAAUUGAAUAUUGGCGAGAGCUUUGGCCAAAAAAACCUGCGAAAGGGGGAUAAGCAGGGAGAGCUUUACAUCUGGGACCCCAUCGAUGAGAGGUGGUAUAAGCACUACUGCGUGAUCUCAGGAAACAAGCUGUACUAUGCAGAGGAGAAUGAGGCAGAAGAUGAGCUUGGGAAGGCUCAGGGCUGUACAGACCUGCACCAAACUGAGCCCUGGUUUCAUGGACGAUUGUCUGAAGGCAGGCAGACCGCGGAGAGGCUGCUUCAGGAGUUCUGUGCUGAGUCUGGAGGCAAAGACGGAACCUUUUUGGUGCGAGAAAGUGACACCUUCGUUACUGACUGCACCCUCUCUUUCUGGCGCAGUGGGAGAGUUCAGCACUGCCGGAUUCGCUCAGCCUCAGAGGGUGGCCACAUUGUGUUCUUCUUGACGGACAACCUGCACUUCCCCAGUGUGUACGCCCUGAUCCAGCACUACAGAGAAAACCCUCUCCGCUGCCAUGACUUUAACUUGCGCCUCACCGACUUUGUGCCCCGGCCAAAUCAGCACCUUAUAGAGGGGUGGUUUUAUAGUAACUUGAGUCGAGGCGAGGCAGAAGACUACCUGCUGAGGAUCCCUCGAGAUGGAGCGUUCUUGAUCAGACAGAGAGAGGAGCCAGACUCUUACGCCAUCACCUUCAGAGGCGAGGGCAUGGUCAAGCACUGUCGGAUCCACAAAGAGGGAGCCAUGUACGUGUUGGGCACCUCCAGCGAGUUUGAGAGCCUGGUGGAGCUGGUCAACUAUUUCCGCAAGAAACCUCUCUAUCGCAAGAUCAAACUCCGCUACCCCGUCACACCAGAGCUAGUGGAGCGCUUCUGCACGGAGUGUAAAUCUGCUUCACUUUAUGACAGCAAGCAGUAUGUGGAGGCCAAUGAGAUCGAACCAUCUCUGACUCAGUGCACAGUGAAAGCCCUCUAUGAUUACCGGGCCAUGCGGGCAGAUGAGCUCAGCUUCUGCAAGGGUGCUGUGAUCCACAAUGUUAUCAAAGAGAGCAAUGGAUGGUGGAAAGGUGAUUAUGGUGGGAAAAUGCAGCUCUACUUUCCUGCUAACUAUGUGGAAGAGGUCCUUAACAAUGCUGCAUCUGAGGCCAAAGGCCUUGCUGAUGAAGAGAAUCCACUGGGUGACUUGUGUAAAGGUGUGGUGGACAUUUCCAAGUGCAACGUUGUGCGUUCGGCUAAGCAUGGCAAGUCUGUGGUGGUGACGUUGCAGAAUAAAGACAGUAAAGAGAACAUGAUGCCAUUUGACUUGGCCACGGAGACUACAGAGGAGCUGUAUGAGUGGUAUCAGGUGGCCUGGGAUAUCACACACAGAGAGGAGAACCGGGAGUUUGAGGAAACGAAGCAAAAGGAGUUGGAAAAAACUGACGUGGUGGCCAAAGAGAUGUCUGACCUGGUGGUGUACUGUCAGCCGCGCAGCAAAGAUAAAGAUCGUUUUGACAAUUUUAGUUAUAAAGAGAUCCGCUCCUUUGUGGAGAACAAAAUUCCCACCAAGAAUAAGUUGAGUGACUUUCUGAGGUAUAACCGCAGGGCACUUAGCCGCAUCUACCCCAAGGGUCAGCGGGUAGAUUCCUCCAACUACGACCCUCACCCACUGUGGAUGUGCGGCUGCCACAUGGUGGCACUCAACUUUCAAACUGCUGAUAAGUUUACUCAGCUGAACAGCGCCCUCUUCAGUCUGAACGGAGGCACGGGCUAUGUACUGCAGCCUGAGCUCAUGCGCUUAGACAGCUAUGAACCUCAGCAGGAUAAGAACACCGUCAAAUUCACUCUGUCUGUCCGAGUGAUAGCAGCCAGGCAUCUGCCAAAGCCGGGUCGAAGUAUUGUCAGCCCUUUUGUUGAGAUUGAGCUGUGUGGUCAGACUGAUGACUGCUCCAAGUUCAAGACCACAGUCUGUCAUGAUAACGGGCUGAACCCUGUGUGGCUUGGGCCACAUCGGCAGGAUGCAGAGACAAUUAUGUUCACAGUGUAUGAACCAGAGCUCAGCUUUCUACGCUUUGUUGUCUUUGAGGAAGACAUGUUCUCUGAUCCCAACUUCCUGGCCCAGGCUACCUUCCCUGUGAAAGGUGUUCGCUCAGGAUAUCGCUCUGUCCCUCUGAAGAACGGUUACAGCGAGAACCUGGAGCUCGCUUCACUUCUGGUGUAUGUUGACAUACAACAGGUAGAGAAAGCAGAAGAGGAGUUAUACUCCUCCUCCAGCCAGUUGCGAAAGAGACAGGCUGAGCUCAGCAACGAGCUCUUCCUGUACGACACUCACUCCGGCCUGCAGCGCUCAGCGCCCUCCCAUCGCCGUGAUGACCUCAUGCAGGAGUUCAGCUCUAAUGAGAAGCAACUCCAGAGGAUCAACGACACAUGCAAACAGAAGAUGAAAGAGAAGAAAAUCAACAACAGCAGGUUCUACUCAUGAGGGAAGAGAGCACCUGAGAUUUCAGCCCCUCACCCCCCCCACCCCACUUCACUUCUGCUUAUGAGGCUUCCUCUCCUUGGCUCCGCUGCUUUACUGCUGAUGCUCUUGCAGACUGGGCAGGCGAGAGCAGAUUCGAUGGAGUUGUGACCAUUUUUGCUUUCAGUCAUCCAGGAUGGAAAGUGCAGGGCUGAGACGGCUGCUGGAGCAGGACACUGAACAGUGAUUUCAGCAGGAAGAGUCCAAGAUGAAGACCCUCGCUUCUAUGCGUAGAGCUGGGCGUGUGGACAUGUUAUCAACUGUAACUUAAAAACAAAAAAACAUUUGGCUGAAUUGUGUUAAUCAAAAUCCAUCAGCUCUCACUUGUUUGCAAUGUAAUAAAUAGUUUUGGUUCAUUACUGCCAA